CAUUCAAUACAUAAAUAUAUUUUCCCAGAAGAAUCGAGAGCGACUUGGCACGACUCUCUCUUCCUUGUCGAUUUCGAUUCCGCGGAAAUUUCAACGCGGAAUUCGAAAGAUUCAAUUGUUCAGACACAUCACCGAAUUCCAAAUUUCAAGGCACAAAUCCAGAGAAAUCCAAAUCCAAAUUUCACAUUUUUUUGCUUCUUUGAAUCGUUUCUGAUUUGUUGUUUUCCGAUGGGAACUCCGGCAUUUCCAAAUCUGGGAAAGCAUUGCACCGUCGAAGAUUGCAAGCAGAUUGAUUUCUUGCCCUUCACCUGCGAUUGCUGCCACCAGGUAUUCUGUUUAGAGCACCGGAGCUAUGUUAAACACCAAUGUCCAAAUGGCAACAAAAAUGAUGUUACCGUUGUUAUCUGCCCACUCUGUGCAAAAGGAGUUCGCUUGAUGCCCGAUCAAGACCCAAACAUUUCUUGGGAAUUGCAUGUUAACACUGAUUGUGACCCAUCAAACUACGAGAAAGCCACCAAGAAAAGAAAAUGUCCUGUCCGUGGCUGCAGAGAGAUCCUAACAUUCUCAAACACAAUUAAGUGUCGGGACUGUACUAUCGAACAUUGCUUGAAGCAUCGGUUUGGACCUGACCACAGCUGUCCCGGACCCAAGAAACCCGAAGCAACAGCCUUUCAGUUUUUGAGUUUUUUGAGUAGAAAAGAAGAGCCAAAGCCGAGCCGGGCUCCACCAACAUCCUCAUCCAGAUGGUCUUCAAGCUUGCUCAGCGCAGCCUCAAGCUUUCGAGCCACGGCUGAAGCUGGGAUGGCGAAAUUGAGUAGUGAGUUCAGCCAAAAGUUGCAGACUGUAAGGGAUGGAACAGGGCAGAGCAGUGGUGGUAGUAGCGGGAAUGCGAGCAGGCAGGAUGAGCGGUGUCCGCAGUGCAACGCAACAUUUUCUUCGGUUACGACUCUGGUGGAGCAUGUGGAGAGAGUUCAUGAAAGGACUGGUGUUAUGAAGCUCAGCAUCGAUGUCUGCCCCAAGUGUAGCAGAGGUUUUCGUGAUCCAGUGGCGCUUGUGGAACAUGUUGAGAGAGAGCAUGGAGGAACUUCUAAAGCUUAGAAACCAUAUUUGACAACAGAUUUUUUGAAGAUGAUAGUUCAAAUACGAACUAAAUUGAUUGUACAUUGUGGGAAAAUGUUCAAAUUUACUUUGAGGAUAUCAAAUUGAGUUUACUAUUUCUUGGUGGUUGUUGAUUCUAUGUUGUUUUCAAUUUGUAUUAAUUGUGGCCAAGACUUGGAGACCAAAGGAAGCAUCAGAUGUUUUAAAUUUUUUUAAAGGUUUGGAAUGGAAUGAUUCAAAGAUGUUUGUUUCAUGAAUCAACUAUUCAUGAAUAUCUAUAGUGGAAUUUGUCAUAAAA